AUGGGAACCAAUGAUAAGGGACCAGUGACCCAUGGGUUGGCAUUAUCCAUUCGAUCCGCCACGGAAAGUGAAGUCUUUGACCUUGGAGGAUUGGGACCAGAUACGAUUGAACAGGUGGUGGCCGAUGCGCUAUCGCAACCAUUUUCGGCAAGACAGGAAAUGAUUCGCAUCACGCUGGUGACAGGAGCUGGAAAGCAAUCCCGACAAAAAUAUCAUGCGCAAGCCAUGAAGGUUGUCACAUCGACGCUUCAGAACAAAUGUGGCUUUGUCGAAGAUCGGGGAGCCUCCUGUGUGAUGGAAUGUCAGGGUAUGUACAAGGUCCAGCAUGAUACUGGAAAGAACUUGAAGACUGUUGUUCUGUUUCCCAAGAUGGAUGCAGUAUCAUCAUCGUCUUCCGGCAGCAACAACAAUAACAACAAUAACAACAACAACAACAAUCAUGAUGAAAGUCAAGCGUAUUCUGACAACACGACAAUACUUUUUCCUGUCAAUUCGAUGGAAUACAAGGCGGCGGCAUCCAGUCUCAAUGUCUUUCAGAAUAUGGUCAAGGCAAAGUGCACGACAUGGUCCCAAAAGAAGGCUUUAAUUGCCUUGAUACAACAAGACUUUGUCGAACAAAUCAUAGAACCGGUCGAAGAUUUGCUCAUGAGAGGUCAAGUAGUGCCAUCGGAUUUGCAACACUACUAUGACAAUGUCUUGACAGAAAUUACCGAAAAGCAAGAAUUUGUCAAAGAGGCAAUGCACCAACAGGCAGAAGUCGGCGAUUUAACCGAAUACGAACUAAAUCUCUUGUUGGAACAAGUCGAGCAUCGAAUUGCCGCCGCCAAGAAUAAAUCGGACAAACAUGCGGCCAAGUUGCGGGAACGCAAAGCCAUGUUGAAAUCCUUCACUCCCGUGCCCAUGCCCAAGUUGCAACAUCAUGCAGCAUUAGGCAAACUUUGGAAACAAGUGUAUGCUCUCAACAUUCCAUUGGAUCUGGAUGUCAAUAAUAACAGUGGACGACUCUUGAGUGUCCAAGAAAGUAAAUUGGUGGCGAAACGAGAUGACUUGUUGCAAGAAAUUGAGCAAUUGGAGUAUGCCAGUCAGGGGUGGUUGGAAGAAGAUGAAAUCUUUGAAUGGCGCCUACAAGAAUGUCGAAAUGAGUUUGAACAACGAUUUGGCGGUGGUAGUAAUAAUAAUAAGCGCUCGGGCAAGAAGAGUAUGACUGGUUCGUAUAAUCAGUCGACCUCCUCUUCCUCCUCGUCGCGAAAGCCAAUCACCAAUUGGAUCACACCAGCCGAUAAAAAAGGCCCAACAACCGUCACCAAAAAGAAGAAUAAACUGAAAAAGCAAGAUUUGUUCAGCGCCAUGAUGGCGGCAAGUAGCAGCGAGGAAGAAGAUAGUGAUGUUGAGGAUGGUGACAAUGAUAAUGGUGGAAACAGCAACCAAAAACUUGGUGCGGUUUCCCAAAAGUCACCAACAACAAAUAAACCCAGACAACAGUCUCGUUCUCAGCCGAAGACACCGGUGGAAUCAUCGUCCCAAGCGAAAAAAUCAAUUACUCAGGAAGAGGUCAACAACUCGUCAGCUACUACAACAAGCAGUAGUUCCAAAAACAAGAAACGAAACAAAAAGAAGAAAAAGGGCAAGACUUCAUCCGAUUCUUUGACUGCCAACGAGAAGGAAGUAGGUCAAAAUUCGUCGGUAUUGGAAUCUGAAUCUUCCGACGUUGCUGAUAGCCAAUGGAGCGUUCCAAUGGCCAUUGUCCAUGUCAUUAUGGCCAUCUUGUCGUGGCUGGUAUCCAUACUACUCUAUCUUGUAAGCUCCAUGACCAACAAGAAAAAGGGAAACAAGAAAAAGAAAAAGUCUUUGUAG